CAGGACGCGCCGCCGUCUUCCUGCCUUUGGGGCAGCAACAUGUCCACCCUGGCUGCCUGUUGAGGACGAGAUCCGCUCCAAAUUCAAAAUGACAUUGCUUCCUCACCUCGUCCGACACGUCUGAUACGUCCGUCUUGUUGUCCAUGUGUAGAACUGUGAAGCAAAGACAAUGCUGGGCAUGUACGUGCCGCAUAGGUUCUCCCUGAAGGCGUCCGAGGUCCAGGAUGGAAUCGGUCUGUUCACGGCCAGGCGAGUGAAAAAGGGAGAGAAGUUUGGACCUUUUGCAGGUGAGAAGAAGCUUCCGUGCGAGCUGGAUGAAGGUUCUGACACCAGGCUCAUGUGGGAGGUCCGCGGCAGUAAGGGGGAUGUUCUGUAUAUCCUGGACGCCAGCAACCCGCGUUACGCCAACUGGCUGCGCUUCGUCCACCAGGCACCUUCGCAGGAGCAGAAGAACCUGGCGGCCAUUCAGGAUGGAGAGAACAUCUUCUACUUGGCAGUGGACGACAUUGAGACGGACACGGAACUCCUGAUUGGCUUCCUGGACAGCGACAUGGAGGAGGAGGAAGAAGAAGAGGAGGAGGUCACCAAGGAUGAGGAUGACAGCAGUAAAGAGGCCAAGCACCUGGUUGAAAUGGAGCUGGUCAUCAAGAAGGAAGACCACCCCUGUUUGCUGUGCGAGAGCAGCUUCCCCAGCGAGGAGAUCCUGGCCGCACACCUGCAGAGCCUCCACCAGAGGCCCAGCACCGAGGAGAAGGAGUUCAAAUGCAGGAGCUGCGGCAAGAAGUUCCCUGUGAGACAAGCUCUACAGCGCCACGUGCUCCAUUGCUCCGAGGUGGUCAGCCCUUCAGGAGACUCCAAGGUCCAUCAGUGUUCUUUGUGUCAGAGUACAUUUAGCUCAGAGUCCAGCUUUGAGCAACACAAGGAGGCAUGCAAAGGAGACGCCAGGUUCAUCUGCAAGGAAGAGAGCUGCGGCAAGCGGUUCAAGAGCAAGGACGCUUUGAAGAAACAUAAAGGCAACGUUCACACAGGCAGUGCACGACGGAAACUCACUUGCACGAUAUGCAACAGGAAGUGUUCCUCCUCUCUCAAUCUCCAAGAACAUAGAAAGAUACAUGAAAUAUUUGACUGCCACGCGUGCGACAAGAAGUUCAUCUCCACCAAUCAGCUGAAGCGACACAUGAUCACGCACUCAGAGAAGCGUCCGUACACGUGCGAGAUCUGCAACCGCUCCUUCAAGCGCCUGGACCAGGUGACGGCGCACAAGAUCAUCCACAGCGAGGACAAGCCGUACAAAUGCAAGCUGUGCGGGAAGGAAUUUGCACACCGGAACGUCUACAAGAACCACAAGAAGACACACUCGGAGGAAAGACCCUUCCAGUGCGAGGAGUGCAAAGCUCUCUUUCGUACACCAUUCUCUCUACAGCGCCACCUACUCAUUCACAACAGUGAGAGGACCUUCAAGUGCGACCAGUGCAACGCCACCUUCAAGAGGAAGGACACGCUCAACGUGCACAUCCAGGUGGUGCACGACGGCCACAAAAAGUACAAGUGUGACCUGUGCGAGAAGGCCUUCGUCACGCCGUCCGUCCUCAAGAGCCACAAGAAGACGCACACAGGCGAGAAGGAGAAGAUCUGCCCGUACUGCGGACAAAAGUUUGCCAGCAACGGCACGCUGAGGGUCCACAUCCGCAGCCAUACAGGCGAGCGUCCCUACCAGUGUCCUUACUGUGACAAAGCCUUCAGCAAGAACGACGGCCUGAAGAUGCAUAUCCGCACGCACACUCGAGAGAAGCCUUAUAAAUGCAGCGAGUGUAACAAGGCCUUCAGUCAGAAGCGAGGACUGGAUGAACACAUGAGGACUCACACAGGAGAGAAGCCUUUCCAGUGUGACGUGUGCGACCUGUCCUUCAGCCUGAAGAAGAUGCUGAGUCGACACAAGCUGACGCACAACCCAAACCGGCCCAUGGCGGAGUGCCAGCUGUGCCACAAGAAGUUCACCAGGAACGACUACCUCAAAGUGCACAUGGAGAACGUCCACGGCGAAACCGAGAGCUAGGAGCUCCUUGGACACAUCCACGUUAGUCCUGGUCGCUCACACAUGGAGAUGUUUGACCAGAUCGCUGCUCUCACGUUGAUGCUCCGUCAAGCAUGUGCAAGUGUCUGACCUUGUCCAAUAUGCUAUAUUGUCUGUAUACAUGCAAUACAUACAUGUGUAUGUAUUUACCUGUAUACACUGUAUAUAUGUAUAUACAGUACUGUACAAACAGCCAUGGUUACCAUACAUCUACUUCCUGCUACCACUUCCUGCUUGGUGGAGGUCGAAGGUGCUUUGAUGAUUCCACGCCAGGGUGUCCAAAGUGCGGCCUGCGGCUGUGUUUUUAUUGGCCCUAGGCACAUUGUGGCACAAAUAGAACAAGAAAACUACAAAAACACAAAACAAAAGCAAAAUCGGCCAUCAAGAACAAUGUCAAAAUUUGAAGAAUUUUUUUUGUAAACUAACCAGAAAAACUAAUUUUACAAGAUUAGUGUCAUAAUAUGAAGAGAAAUAACAUCAUUUUAGUGGCAUAAUGUUAAAAUCUCAAAGAAUGGCUUUAUUUUUGAAAAGUUGUAUUUAAAAAAAAAAGUGGUAAUUUUCCAUUAAUAAACUGGUUAUAUUUUGCUUAACUUAAUACUUACUACUAAAGUAAUAGACUUGCAAUUUUGGGGAACUUAGGCGAGGGAAAAAGUCAAAAUAUGAAGAGAAUCUAACCAGAAAAAUCUGUGUUUCAGAGGAUAAUGUCAUAAUAUUAUGAAAAAUAUAUAAAUAUAUUAUAUAAAUAUAUUAGGAAAAAUAAUGUUGUAUUGGCAUAAUAUUGAAAUAUUAAAGAAAGAUGUUAUUUUUGAAAAGUCAUGAUAUGAAAAAAAAACAAUGAAUUUGUCUUUUUGGGAAAAUUAGAUUGCGGAAAAAGUCACAAUUUUACGAAAAUAGACUAGUGAUAUUAUGAGAAAAACAAUGUCAUUUUUGUAGCAUCGACUUGAAAUAUUAAAGGAAACAUUUACUAUUUGUAACAUGAAAAACAAAACAACUUUUGGAAAUAUGUCAAACUUAUGGAGAAUAUGUCAAAAUAUGGGACUACAAUCAAUUUACGGGAAAAAAGUGGAAAUAGUUGGACAAUUUUAAAAACGUAGCAGAAAUGGAAAAAAAGAAGCAGCAGUCAUUUUUAAAAGAAUACAGUGACAAUAACAAAUAACAUAUUCUAUAGAGGAAAAAAGUCACAAUUUUCUGGGAAUAAACUUAAGUAAGUAUCAGCAAAUUGUCAUACGUGGAAAUGUUAAAUAGCACUUUUUUGUUGAAAAAAUAUAAUAAAAAUGUAUAAAAAAGUAUGAUGAAAAACUGCAAAUACAGUUGCAAUUUUUGGAGGGUUAAAAAAUUAGCCUAGGGAAAAAGUCAAUAUUAAGAGCAAAAGUUAUAACGGGAAAAAUCAGUAAUAAUCAUUCAUUCAGUCAUAAUAUUAUGAGGAUAAAUUAUGUUGUUUUACAGGCAUAAUGUUGAAAUAUUAACCAAAGACACUAUUUUUCGAAAAGUCGCAAUACUAUAAACAAACAAAACAACAAAUUAAUAAAGUUACCGUUUCCAAUUACGGUAUUUUUAGAAGAAAGUUUAAAUAUUCAAAUAAAAUAAACUGCCUGGUUUUGCUCAGUAAUUUAUAUAUCAAAUUAGAGUAUUCUACCUGUAUUGUUUUGUACAACUAUUGUUAUUAUUUAUCUUUAGUAGAAAUGAGGGAUUGCGUUAUUAUAUAAAGGUAUCAUGGAAAUGAGAUACAUUUCCAUGAAGCCUGAAGGCUAUUGUUCCAGGCCUCACUGUUGCCCCUUGAGGUAGAAAGCGGUACUGCAGGGCAAUAAAGCGUCUUCAUGUUGGACGUGUUUGUUGAAGGUGCUGUAUCUCAGCAAGGAAGGCUUUUUCACUUUCUAUUUCUUUAUGAGCCCGCCUCUAAUGCUGAUGAUA